GGCCGGCAGGUAGGCGGCUGCCGGCUGUGGUAAGAAGUUCGCAGCGGGGCGGCAGUCUGCGAAGGCCGAAGUACAGAGAGCGGCCCAAGAAACUCGGUUUUUAGGGCAGCCAGGUGCUGAGUCAGCUCUUGGAAGGAACCAGAAUAGCCACAGGGCUGCUAGUUUACCUUGUCAAAGAUAGCUCUGGUUGGAGCCAGAAUCACCAGAGCACAACGUGUUCAGCCUUUUAUGUGGGCCCUGACACAUCUGCUCAAGCCAGCUCACUUGCUUCCAUUGGUUACCUGUAAGGUUGCUGUCUGUCACAGUGAAAAUCAAAGCGUGAGGCUCAUAAAGAAGACAAGCCUCAGAAACUGCUAGAAAUGAAUGGGCAUACGUUAGUGCCCCAUUCCUAUGACUAUGAUCUCAUUGUCAUCGGUGGAGGCUCAGGUGGUCUGGCUGCUGCCAAGGAGGCUGCCAAAUAUGAAAAGAAAGUGAUGGUCCUAGACUUUGUAACACCUACGCCUCUGGGAAAUUCAUGGGGUCUUGGAGGAACAUGUGUAAAUGUGGGCUGUAUACCAAAAAAAUUGAUGCACCAGGCAGCUUUACUGGGACAAGCCUUGCAAGAUUCACGAAAAUUUGGAUGGCAGUUUACCGAAGAAGUGAAACACAACUGGAUGACUAUGACAGAAUCUGUUCAGAAUUACAUUGGCUCACUGAACUGGGGCUACCGGGUAGCACUGAGAGAGAAGAAAGUUACGUAUGAGAAUGCAUAUGGAGAAUUUGUUGGGCCACACACAGUAAAGGCAACAAGUAAAAGAGGAGUUGAAAAACUGUACACAGCUGAGAGGUUUCUCAUUGCCACUGGUGAAAGGCCACGGUACCUGGGUAUCCCUGGAGACAAGGAAUACUGCAUUAGCAGUGAUGAUCUUUUCUCCCUGCCUUACUGUCCAGGGAAAACCCUGGUGGUUGGAGCUUCCUAUGUUGCCUUGGAAUGUGCAGGAUUUCUUGCAGGUCUUGGAUUAGAUGUCACUGUAAUGGUGAGAUCCAUUCUUUUAAGAGGAUUUGACCAGGAUAUGGCAAACAAAAUCGGCGAAUAUAUGGAAGAGCAUGGAGUCAAAUUUAUUAGAGAAUUUGUUCCAAUCAAGGUUGAACAGAUUGAAGAAGGAACUCCUGGAAGGCUGAAAGUUACAGCCAAGUCCACAAAGGAUGACCAAAUAAUUGAAGAGGAAUACAAUACUAUGUUGCUAGCAAUUGGAAGAGAUGCCUGUACAAGAAAAAUAGGUUUGGACAAAGCUGGAGUGAAAAUCAAUGAAAAAACGGGAAAAAUACCUGUCAAUGACAUGGAGCAAACAAACGUGCCAUAUAUUUAUGCUAUUGGAGAUAUACUGCAGGACAGGCUGGAACUCACACCGGUGGCAAUCCAGGCAGGAAGACUGUUAGUUCAAAGGCUUUACUCUGGGUCAACCACUAAGUGUGACUAUGUGAAUGUUCCCACCACAGUGUUCACUCCUUUAGAGUAUGGAGCCUGUGGAUAUUCUGAAGAAAAUGCAAUACAGAAGUUUGGGGAAGAAAACAUUGAGGUGUACCAUAGUCAUUUCUGGCCACUGGAAUGGACUGUACCAUCCAGAGACAACAACAAAUGCUAUGCAAAGAUCAUUUGCAAUAUUCAAGAUAAUGAGAGAGUCAUUGGUUUCCAUGUCCUUGGUCCAAAUGCUGGAGAAGUCACCCAAGGCUUUGCAGCAGCUAUGAAAUGUGGAUUGACCAAAGAACAGUUGGACAGCACUAUAGGAAUUCAUCCAGUCUGUGCAGAGGUUUUUACCACUCUGUCCAUCACCAAACGUUCUGGUGAAAAUACCCUUCAGUCUGGUUGCUGAGGUUAAAGACCCCCAUUCCUGUUAUUGCCAGAGACUGACUUUCAUCGCUAUGGCUGACUUGCACAGCUCAGAAGAAAGAUUUAGAAAGAAGUCAUCCUCAGACGGCUGCAGAAAUGUUUAUGUUUCAGACAGAGCACUCCACAGACCUGAGAAGAAGAGCACAAUGGGAGUUAGCCACCAGUGGUGAUUGACUGGCAAUCAACAAGCAAUGGGCACAUUCACAUUCCAGCUGAUGUUUAGCAUGGCAUUUCACAAAUGCUUUCAUGAAAUCACAGCCUGAACCCUGCACUGUCUGGUGGGCAGUGAUGGAAGAACUGCUGGCACAGCUGAGCAACAACUUUUAUUUUUUUUCCCUCCAUAGUUUGUUACUUGAACAAAGAGCCAUCCUGACUCAAGAACAUCACUGCAAGUUCAGGCGACUGUGUGCUGAGUUAUAACACUGCAAUUGCAAGUUCUCCUUUAGAGCAUGCAUUUUUACCAAUGACCGCUGUAUGUCAACACUGGGGAUAUUAUCUGCAUGUUUGGUUAUGAGGCAGAGGUAUCACUGGAAAAAAAUUAGUACUGUUGAUAAUAAUGACUCUCUUUGCUUCCAAAUGGACUGCUAUGACUGUUUAUUUUAGAGAUACUUAUUUCUGAAAAUAGUCCUGAUGAGAAAGAAAAUAGUUUUUAUUAAGGCCUUGUUAUACAGAAAGCUUUUUUUGUUUGUUUGUUUUGUUUUCUGAUAGUAACAACCUUGCACAUAACACAGAAGUGACCUCCGUAGCUUUUAUCUUGCAGUCUACAUGAUUAUAAAUAAUCCAGUUUGAAACUGACAGAAUUCCAGUUUGGAUUGAAUUAUAUUUCAAGAGCAUGACAAAGCUUUAUUCAAUUGGAUAAAUUCUUCCUCUUCAGAUGAGUUAGGGAUUACUGUACAAUUUCAGGUCUGAACUGGUCACUUUGCACACAGUGAUACUGAGGCUGCCUUCACAUUGAUGGAGUGAUUAAGUCAAUGUUCAGGUUACUUUCAUGAUGUGGUUCUUGGGAGUUCAUUGCGGUGUGAAAAUGGGAUGAAUUCUCCAUCCCUCCAGGCAGAACACCAUUUGCCUACAUUUCUACACAGUAACAAACUUGUGGUUUUAUUACUAGAAUACUGUUUUAAGUUAUUUUUAUGAAGUCAUAACUGAAGGAUUUUAAAGUGAGUUCUGUAUGGUAUCAAAAGGAUUGUUUGUGGUGGUCUUUUUCUGGCCAGUUUAUUAAAUAGAUUGAAUUUUUGCACAAACAGGCUCUCGUUUUGAUGACUUCCAGGCAAAGAAAACAGGUGAUGGCAGAAUAGCUUUUUUAAUAGGCCAGAAGAGGGCACCUUGAUAAAGUCGUGAUUUUUUUUCAGCCUUUUGAGUUCUGAAGGUAGAUAUGUCUCUGAAAAUGAAAUAUGGGGCUAUUCCAUGUGUGGUUGUUUUUUGCAUGUUAAAUAUAUCAGAAGAACAUAAUUAAAAAUAAGGAAUAAAUUGGGACCAACUCUA